UUGUAACCAGAAUAUCCGGUCGUGGUUCAUUGCUCGCUUGGAGCUCCGCAAUCGGUAACAUUCCUCUAGUGUCGUCCGUUCGCGAGAUAGCCUCGCAGGCAGUCCGCUAGCAAGGAUGAUGUGUUCCAUGUGCAACUACUACUCCUGGAGCUAUUUUAUAGCGUUCGGUGAAAUCUUCAUAUCCAUCAACAUUGCCAGAGUCUUCCUGCACUGCCUGCAAUACGCGGAGGAGAAUCCGGAUCUGCAUUGUUAUGACGUGGAGCCCAUCUUUGUGCUGCUGGUGCUGUACAACUUGCUCUCGCUGUUGUUAAUCAUCGGUGUGUCGAAGCGAAACGAAAAACUUCUUCAAGUCUAUCAAACGUGCACCAUCACCCUUAAAGCGUCCGCCGUCGUACGGAGGAUAGUGCUGAGCGCCACCGAGUACAGCGAGGACAACGUGGGGAAAACAAUUAUUGAACUGAAAAUAAUCAUCGUGUUUACACUGAUAUUCACCCUGGAAGCGCUUGUCGUUGCCGGAGCGUGCCGGAAGAUGCGCCGCGAGCAGCAAGAUCAGCUCUACUACAUCGACGUGGUCUAGUCGUGGUGCGUUUUCGAUCAGGAUUUGCUUUUCUUCUGCAGCAUUAGUAGACAACCGCGCGGUAGUAGCCGAACGUUUCGCCGUCUUGCUCGGACUGUUUCAUGUAAUUCCAUCCAUCCCGUGACCCGUCCCGACGAGGUGCACUCAAUUAAAAAAAAAAACAAACAUAUAUUUACAUUAUCACACGCGUUAUACGUGCUUGGGAGGGAAGAGUUUACACACCGAGCAGAGCAGAGCAUAGGAGCAAAAGGCGUUACGGAAGCGAAAAGGGAUAACAUGAUAAGCCUAGUUUAUUCAAACUCUCGUUUGCUGCCCGUUAGUAUUCUGUAUCCAGCGCUUUUACAAACACCAACCUUAACAUAAACCAAAGAAGAGCAAAAUUAGGCAAAAACAAAUGAAGUAAUCCACACCUAAGAAGAACUUCCACACAGAUGGGAAGUUACGGUAGCCUGUGGAGUUUGAGUUCCAAGUUUUCGAUGCAUUUAGAAUAAAAAAGAACUUCUAGGAUUAU